AUGAACAAGGGAAUUGCAAAAUAUUUCCCCACGCCUGUUUAUAUAUCAAAUAAAAACCGGUGCACUCUCUCUCUCUCUCUCUCUCUCUCUCUUGCUCUUCUGUGUCCCAUCCCCCUCUCUCUUUCUCUCUCUUCCUCUUCUGUCUCUCACCCCCUCUCUCUUUCUCUCUCUUCCUCUUCUGCCUCUCACCCUCCUCUCUAUUUCUCUCUCUUCUGUCUCUCACCCCCUUUAUCAUUUUCUCUCUCUCUCUCUUUCUUCCUGUUCUGUCUCUCGCCCCUUCUCUCUUUCUCUCUCUUCCUCUUCUGUCUCUCACCCCCUCUCACUUUCUCUCUCAUCUUAGUCUGUCUCUCAUCUCCUCUAUCACUUUCUUUCUUCCUCUUCUGUCUCUCACCCCCUCUCUCUUACUCUCUCUUCUGUCUCUCACCCCCCUCUAUCACUUUUUCUCUCUCUCUCUUCCUGUUCUGUCUCUCACCCCCUCUCUCUUUCACUCUCUUCUUCUUCUGUGUCUCACCCCCUCUCACUUUCUUUCUCUCCCUCUUCUGUCUCUCAACCCCUCUAUCACUUUCUCUCUUCCUCUUCUGUCUCUUACCCCCUCUCACCCCUCUCUCUUUCUCUCUCUUCUGUCUCUCACCCCCUCUAUCACUUUUUCUCUCUCUCUCUUCCUGUUCUGUCUCUCACCUCCUCUCUCUUUCUCUCUCUUUCUCUCUCUUCCUCUUCUGUCUCUCAAAACCCCCUCUCACUUUCUCUCUCUCCCUCUUCUGUCUCUCAUCCCCUCUAUCACUUUCUCUCUUCCUCUUCUGUCUUUCAUCCCCUCUCGCCCUCUCUCUCUCUCUCUUUUCUCCCUCUAUCGCUUUCUCUUUAUCUUCCUCUUCUGUCUCUCAUCUUCUUUCUCUCUUUCUCUCUCUUUCUCUCAGAAUAUUUUUAGCAAAAAAAGAAAAAAAAAGAAAAUAUUAA